AUGUUCCCGAAAGUCAACGACAAGAAGAUACCGAAGGAAAUCAGGGACAAGUUGACCGAGCCGGCGCUGCAAUUGCAUAAGUUCUCAUCCUUCGACCGAAAUGAGCCCAGCACGCUGGCGUCAAUUUGCGAAUUGAUAGCCGGGUUUAUGGACGUGGAUCCGGUGGAGAUGCUGGCCCUCGACAAGGACACCUCGCUGCACGCCGCCAAAAUGCGGAACCUGUUGCGGCUGAUGAAGGACCGAAAUGUGUUCAAGAUCGACGAGAAGGAGGGAUUCCUCCUGAAGAGCGGCCAGAUAUCUCCAAUUUACAUCGACCUCCGCGAGAGCUUUGGAUACCCGGAUGUCAUGGAGCUAGCCUGCGAUUGCCUGCGCGAGAUGAUCGCCACAAUGCCCGGUCACUACGACGGCAUUGUCGGCGUCCCGUAUGCGGCCCUUCCUUACUCGGCGGUAGUCUCCCUACAACUCCGCAAGCCCCUCAUCAUCAUCCGAAAAGAGGCGAAGAGCUACGGCACCAAGAAGCUCAUCGAGGGGCGCUACGAGAAGGGGCAAACGGUCGUCAUCAUCGAAGACGUCGUCACGACGGGCGGCAGCAUCAAGGAUGUAGUCAAGAUCCUGCGCGAAGACGGGCUAAUCGUCCAGGACGUCUUCUGCCUGCUCGAUCGUCAGCAAGGCGGCGCGGCCAAGCUGAAAGAAGAUGGCAUCAACCUGCAUAGCCUGAUGAACAUGGAGCUCGUGCUGUCGUUCCUCGUCUCGGUCGGCGCCCUGAAUCACGACCAAUUCGAGCAGGAGCGCCGCCUCUCCCUGGCCGAGCGCAAGGAGUCGACCAGCAACAAGUUGAACAAGCGCAUCAUCGAGCUGAUGCUGCAAAAGAAGAGCAACCUCUGCAUCGCCAUCGACUACAAGGAGACCGAGCAGAUCUUGAAGCUUGCCGAAACUGCGGGGCCCUACAUUAUUGCGGCCAAGAUCCACGCGGAUAUUAUCGAGAAUUUCAACAAAGAUUUUACCGACAAACUCGCCCAACUCGCCGAGAAGCACAAUUUCCUGAUCUUCGAGGAUCGUAAAUUCGCUGACAUUGGCAACGUGAUCGACUUGCAGCUGGCGGGCACCCAUCGGAUUGGUCAGUGGGCUGACAUUGUCACCUGCCAUGCCGUGCAAGGGGCCGAGAGUAUUACGAAUGCGUUUAGAAAGCACAUUGCCCUCGACUCGACGAAACUCGGCGGCAUCCUGCUGAUCGCCGAGCUCAGCUCGAAGGGAGCGCUGACCGAUGCGAAGUAUGCGCAAGAGGCCAUUGCCGUCGGCGAGGCGAACGAGGACGUCGUCUGCGGAUUCAUCUGCCAAGACCGCGCGUCGUCGAGGCCCGGCCAGCUCAACUGGACCCCAGGCGUGAACAUUGACAAGCGCGGAGACGGUGCUGGCCAGCAGUGGCGUACCGUGGAGCAGGCCGUCGUCGAGCAGGAGAACGACAUUGUGAUCGUCGGCCGCGCCAUCUCCGAAGCGGCAGACCCGAGCGCCGAGCUCGAGCGUUACCGCACGGCUGCCUGGGCUGCUCUCACCGGCGAAAAAGAA